AUGGUGGUCCUUACCACACAAAGAUUGUGCGGGAGUAACUUUCACCUGAGCGUUGCGGGUGAGACAAUCUGCGCAGGCCUAGUUGUGCGUUACCUGGGGGUGUGGGUAGACUUACCGCUCGCCUGGUGGGAGCACAUCAGGAGAGCAGCCGACAAAGCUGCCAACGUUACGGAAGCGCAUACACGGUUAAUGGCGAUUGUUGGGUUUCUGCGAAAAGCCAAAAGGAGGCUUCUGGCGUCUGUUUCCAACUUAAUACUUCUGUACGGCAUGGAGGUGUGGGUGCACAGUUUCGAGCUCUUGGUAGAUGCACUGGUGAGACAGGACGUCCAAGAGCACACUACGGUGCAGCGCAUCGGAUUCUUUAAGAUCGCCUGUGCUGACCACACGGUCUACUCUGCUGUUGUUAUGGUGAUAGCACGAACGAUUCUUGUCGUGUUGCUUCCACCGAAAAGGCAAAAAAAAUUCCUGGGUUUCAGUGACAAAAGUGACAGCGAUAGGUGUCAUACUUAUCAAGGCUGA